AUGUACACGGCGUCCAAGGUGAUCAAGGACCGUAUGCGCACCGAAGGAGCCUUCGACAACAAGACGGUUAUCGCUCUACUUGCAUCUUCAGAUGCCAUUCCGUACGCAAUCACUGAAAUGGCAGUCAUUCGUGCCAACUUCGUCGUCUUUCCCCUCUCCAUCCGGAACUCACCUGCCGCUGUGGCGCACUUGUUAAACAAGGCCGGAGUGAAGCACAUACUCACUAGUAAGGAGCAGAGCAUCGCCGACCUUGUUCGGGAUGCUCUCGAUAUCUUGAAAACACAAUACAUGCCUGUGACUAUUCCUGGCGUCUCUUCCGCAUUUACAUUCAAGGAGUUGUUCUUGUCCCCUUCUAAUGGCCUAGCUGCAAGCGAAGAGCUGCCACAUGAUAGCAGGGAUCCUGAUGCCCCAACAAUGAUUAUGCAUUCGUCUGGAUCAACGGCGUUCCCAAAGCCUAUAGUAUGGUCCAAUCGCCGUCUGAUAGAAAUCGCCACCUACCCGUGGUACUUCGAGCGAGAAAUUACAGAUCUCGUUAGUUCUCUGCAUUCUUUGCCUUUCUUUCACGGCCUCGCAUUUGUGAAUGUACUGUGGGCGGCAUCUGCGGGUCAAACACUUGCUGUUUUUGAGCCUAGGCAACCGCCUCUUGUGCCCACACCAGACCUUGUAUUCCGUGCCCUGCAAGCGUCGAAUUGCGAUCUCGUUUGGGCCGUGCCGUCAUUUAUUGAGAAGAUCCAGACAUGGGCGCAUAAUGAAGAAUACGUCGAGUGGCUCGCCUCCCGCGAGGGCUUGACGUUUGGCGGCGGUCCUCUCAAUAAGGAGAUCGGCGAUAUGCUAAUGUCAAAAGGCGUACAUAUAUACGAUGCUUACGGAUGCACCGAAACGGGAAUGUUGAACAUCGUCUACGAAGCCGAACCUCCCAUCGAAUGGGAGUACUUCAGGAUUCAAAAGCAUAUCUCGAUAGAAAUGCUUGCUAUGGGCGAUAAUACCUAUGAACUUGUUGUCGUUGCGAAUAACUUGCACAGACCCGCUGUCGUUAACACACAAGUCGAUGGGGUUGACGCCUACGCCACAUCGGAUCUCGUUAUGCCACAUCCGACGAGGCCCGGCUAUUGGAAGAUUGUGGGUCGUACUGACGACCAGAUCAUGCAUAGCACAGGGGAGAAGGCCAGUCUCGCUCUGACAAACCCAGGGCCCCUAGAGGAGAUAUUGAGGAAGGAUCCCGAUGUGUCCGAUUGUAUCAUUUUCGGCCGCGGGCGGUUUCAAGCUGGCGUGCUAGUUCAGCCAAGGUCUGAAAUCAGGCUCGACUCGUCUGAUGACGCUCGCGUGGCUGCAUUUAGAAACAAGAUAUGGCCGUCUGUGGAGAAGAUGAACGCUUUUGCACCCCAACAUUCUAGAAUUUUCAAGGAAAUGAUUCUAAUCGCCAAACCCUCGAAGCCAUUCAGCUACACACACAAGGGCACUGUCCGUCGUGCUCCCGCCAUAAAGGACUAUGAGGAAGAAAUCAAUGCAUUGUACGACGCUGUAGACAGCAGCUCCCAGUCGGCCAUGGAACCGCCUGCCCACUGGGACGAUAGAUCGGCCGCUUCAUUCAUACGUACAGUUGUGGAGAAGCUCGUCGCUGUUCCACUGAAAGACGAAGACGAUAUUUUCCAACACGGUUGUGACAGUCUGCAAGCAACCUGGAUUCGCAACACCAUCCUCCGUGUACUUCGCGACUCUGCGAAGAUCGAUACCCGCAAAGUCAAUUCCAAUUUUGUUUACGACUACCCGACUAUCUCGCGCAUGGCAUCAUUUGUCUUGGCUCUUGCCCUCGGUACUACGGACGGAGAGGACCGGCAGCCAGCGUCGCGCGCUGAUGCAAUGCGGGCCAUGGUGGCUAAAUACAGCAAGGACUUCCCCAUACACCGGGGUAGUGCGGCUGCCAACAUGGAACCGGGCAAGGUCGUUUUGAUCACUGGCACGACCGGAGGCCUUGGAUGUUAUGCGCUCAAGGAGCUCGUCGCGGACCCCAAGGUCGCUCGCGUUUACGCGUUCAACCGACCGGCAAAGCAUGGUCAAAAUCUGUACGAGAGGCAGAAGUCUGCGUUGGUUGAUCGUGGACUGGAUGCUAGCAUUGUCAAUUCUGAGAAAGUGGUACUGCUCGAAGGCGACUUGUCUACAACGAAUUUCGGCUUGGAAGAGAAAGUCUACGAGGAGGGUCGCAAUCCAGCAUGGCGUGUGGAUUUCAGCAUUUCAUUGGCGUCAUUCGAGUCGAACGUGUACGGCGUGCAUAUCGACCGUGAUGAUAAUUUAGUUGAGGCUUUGAUCAACCCCGACGUCGCCGUUGGCAGCGGCUACACGGAGUCGAAAUGGGUGUCCGAAGAGAUCUUAUACAAUGCCGCUGCCAGCACGCCGCUGAAGCCUGUGGUCGUUCGAGUUGGACAGAUCUGUGGUGCUCUGGAAGGCUCGUGGAACGCUCACGAAUGGUUUCCGUCCAUAGUUCAGAGUGCUGUAAAGCUGGGAUGUUUUCCUGACGAUGAGAGGGGUGUUGCGUGGGUGCCACUCGACAUUGCCGCGCAAGCCAUGGUCGACUUCAUGGACACGCCGCUGCAUAUCAAAGUCGUCCACCUCAAUCACCCGCGGCCUGUCCCAUGGCACUCGCUUGCUGUACACGUCGCACAGGCUUUCUCAAUACCUCUUGUCCCGUACCACGAGUGGCUCGCCAAGCUCGAGCAGGCCGCGCAGGACGUCUCCCAAGCCGAGAGGGAGGGCAGCGAUUCGCGUAAAGCCUUGCAGAACCUGCACGCGAUCCAGCUGCUCCCGUUCUACCGAGGACUCGCUGCUAAGUUCAAUGUCGGUCGGCUGUCUGUAGGGAUGUUCCAGCUUGAUGUCUCCCAAGCUGUCGCAGCAUCCCCGACAUUGUCAGCCCCUAGUGUAUCUCAACUUGGUGCAGAGCACGUCAAGAACUGGUUGGCAUAUUGGCGAAAGGUUGGGCUGUUAGCGGAGCAGUGA